GGCGGGGCCUUGCCUUCUAGCGCGGGGUCCUUGGCGGCCUGGGUGGCUACUGCCCCUGCUGCUGUCGUAGGCGAGGACGGCUGUUAGUUCUGCUGCUGUUGGUUCGCGGCGGCGGCGGAGGAGGAGGAGGAGGAAGAGGGCGAGGCGACCGGGGAAGAGGGAGGCAGGCGCAGCGGUGGUGGCGGCGGCGCCCGGGGCCAGCGGCGGCGAGGGGGGGGAAGAUGGCGGACGUGCUCAGCGUCCUGCGACAGUACAACAUCCAGAAGAAGGAGAUUGUGGUGAAGGGAGACGAAGUGAUCUUCGGAGAGUUCUCCUGGCCCAAGAAUGUGAAGACCAACUAUGUAGUUUGGGGGACUGGAAAGGAAGGCCAACCCAGAGAGUACUACACUUUGGAUUCCAUUUUAUUUCUGCUUAAUAAUGUGCACCUUUCUCAUCCUGUUUAUGUCCGUCGUGCAGCUACUGAAAAUAUUCCUGUGGUUAGAAGACCUGACCGAAAAGAUCUUCUUGGAUAUCUCAAUGGUGAAGCAUCAACAUCAGCAAGUAUAGACAGAAGUGCCCCUCUAGAAAUAGGUCUUCAGCGAUCCACUCAAGUCAAACGAGCUGCAGAUGAAGUUUUAGCAGAAGCAAAGAAACCAAGAAUUGAGGAUGAAGAGUGUGUGCGUCUUGAUAAAGAGAGAUUGGCUGCUCGUUUGGAGGGUCAUAAGGAAGGGAUUGUACAAACUGAACAGAUCAGGUCUUUGUCUGAAGCUAUGUCAGUUGAAAAAAUUGCUGCAAUCAAAGCUAAAAUUAUGGCUAAGAAAAGAUCUACUAUCAAGACUGAUCUAGAUGAUGACAUAACUGCCCUUAAACAGAGGAGUUUUGUGGACGCUGAGGUGGAUGUGACUCGAGAUAUAGUCAGCAGAGAGAGAGUGUGGAGGACACGAACAACUAUAUUACAGAGUACAGGAAAGAAUUUUUCCAAGAAUAUUUUUGCAAUUCUUCAGUCUGUCAAAGCCAGGGAGGAAGGGCGUGCGCCUGAACAGCGACCAGCUCCAAAUGCAGCACCUGUGGAUCCUACGUUGCGUACUAAACAGCCUAUCCCAGCUGCCUACAACAGAUAUGACCAAGAAAGAUUCAAAGGAAAAGAAGAAACGGAAGGCUUUAAAAUUGACACUAUGGGUACCUACCAUGGCAUGACACUUAAAUCUGUAACGGAAGGUGCAUCUGCCCGUAAGACUCAGACUCCUGCAGCACAGCCAGUACCAAGACCAGUUUCUCAAGCAAGACCUCCUCCAAAUCAGAAGAAAGGAUCUCGAACACCCAUUAUUAUAAUUCCCGCAGCUACCACCUCUUUAAUAACCAUGCUUAAUGCAAAAGACCUUCUACAAGAUCUGAAAUUUGUUCCAUCAGAUGAAAAGAAGAAACAAGGAUGUCAACGAGAAAAUGAAACACUAAUACAGAGAAGAAAAGAUCAAAUGCAACCAGGGGGCACUGCAAUUAGUGUCACAGUACCUUAUAGAGUUGUAGACCAGCCUCUUAAACUUAUGCCUCAAGAUUGGGACCGAGUUGUAGCAGUUUUUGUGCAAGGUCCUGCUUGGCAGUUCAAAGGUUGGCCAUGGCUUUUGCCUGAUGGAUCACCAGUUGACAUAUUUGCUAAAAUUAAAGCCUUUCAUCUCAAGUAUGACGAAGUUCGUCUAGAUCCAAACGUUCAAAAAUGGGAUGUAACAGUGUUAGAACUCAGUUAUCACAAACGUCAUUUGGAUAGACCAGUUUUCUUACGGUUCUGGGAAACAUUGGAUAGGUACAUGGUAAAGCAUAAAUCUCACUUGAGAUUCUGACUUAUUUGGUUCCUCCAUCUCUAAAAAUCUGGAUUAAGAAGCAUGGAUAUACCUUGAUCUAAAGACUCAAGCUUUAUGAAUUUAUCAGGAACUUAUAAAUGAAGAAGGUCACAGAUCAAUCUUUUAUAAGACCUUAUUUGAUGCUUUUGCUUCAAAAGGAUGAUGCCUGUCAUCCAUAUAAGCAAACUUUUUUGGCUUAUAACUAUUUUUUUAAUAUUAGCCUUCUAGUCUGUAAUGGAAAUUGUAUAUUUUGAUAGAAGUUUUUUCUCUAUUGGUUAAAUUAGCAUUACUUAAAAUUUGUUUCUUUAGAAAAUAAAUACAGGUUAUAAAUGUGUGUAUAUUUAGAAGUUAUAAGGCUCUCUAAGCCAUCUUGCUUCUGAUUUUUCAUUGCUCUAUAAUUCCUUUUACUGAAAAUACUGUGUUAUGAAUGGUAUUAAAUUUUAGACUCUGGAACUUCAAAAACCAAGCAAAGGGAUGUGACUAUUUUGAAUGAAUCAAAAUUUCAACCUGUAUGUAUGCUAUGUCUACAUGUAUUCUUUAUUUAAAAAGAAAUAAUGAAAAAUCCACAACAGUUCUUCAGCUUUGGUUGACUGUUCAGCCUUUUCAAGACUUCUUAUAAAUGAAUACAUUUGAUGAAUGUACAUUCUUCUCACUUGAUAAUUUUAAAUCUUAGAAUGAUAUAUUUCUAUUUGUGAUACCUUUCCUGUUGGAAAAUCUCAAAACACAAAUUAAAAACA